GAAACCGCUUAGCGGUGAAGUCCAAAGCGAGAUCAUUUCUCUGAAGCGGUGGAAGUCCAAAGCGAGAUCAUUUCUCUGAAGCGGUGGAAGUCCAAAGCGAAAGUCUUUGUUUAGGUGCUGGGUGUAGAAGGCGAUGGCAGCGGAGGGAGUGGAGGAGAAGGGGAGGAGGACUAAGGUGAUGGUAGCCAUCGACGAGAGCGAGUGCAGUCGCUACGCCCUCGAGUGGGCCCUCCACCACCUCGCCGAACCCCUCGCCUCCUCCCUGCCGCUCCUCCUCUUCACCGUCCAGCCUUUCAACACCCUCGGUUACAUCCCCGCCGCCGCCGCCGGCUACGGCUCCGCUCAUGCUCUCGCUGCCGUGCCUCCCGCUCCUGGGUUAAUUAAAUCUUUGCAAGAACACCAGAGGAAGAUUGCAUUAUCUCUGUUGGAAAGCGCUGAGGAUCUUUGUGCUACGAAAGGGGUAGUCACAGAAAAAAUAACAGAAGUAGGAGAUCCAAAAGAAGCUAUUUGUGAAGCUGUUGAAAAGUUCAAGAUUAACCUGCUUAUCAUGGGUAGCCAUGGUCGAGGAGCCUUACAAAGACUGGAAUAGUGCUAGCAAGUGAGAUGGUUAGUUGUUUAUUCCACUGGAUAUCUGAGGACAGAAGGUGAAUUGUGAUACUAAAAAGGAAAUGAUCAGACUCACAUGGUGGAGCACUGUUUUCCUUCUGUACCAAUGGACAUCAAUAGUAUUUCCUCCCUUAUCUGAGGCAAAACCUACAUGCAGUGGCUGCAGAUUGCAAGGCAGAUCCAUUAGGUAGAGUUAAAGCACAAGAAAGAGAGGGAGAUUUUAAAGAAACUUCAUACCUGAUGGAUGUCUCCCAUGAAGUGAGAGAGGAAUAGAAGUGCUUCUGUGAGAUUAUCUGGAGUAGCAGUUGGUUGUAAUGAUCAAUGAACAUGCAACAAUUGAUCAUCUUUUCUCAUUCAGUCAUACAUGUGAGGAUUGAAUUGAUAAAAAAAUC